UUAUUUUGAAAUAUUUGGCCGGAAAUAGAAAGUCCACGUGACUGCCUGAAGUCCGGCUUCAAACUGCCAAGGCAAACGAACUGGAAGUUGAGUCUUUCUGUGUUUGCCGACGAGCAGCCCCCUGAGCAAGAUGAGCGCGGACGGCGGCGGGGGCAAGCCCGUCAAGGUGGGCUCCGCGGUGGAGGUGAUCGGCAAGGGCCACCGCGGCACUGUGGCCUACGUGGGCGCCACGCUCUUCGCCACCGGCAAGUGGGUGGGCGUCGUCCUGGACGAGCCCAAGGGCAAGAACGACGGCACCGUGCAGGGCAAGCGCUACUUCACCUGCGAUGAGAACUGCGGUAUCUUCGUGCGCCAGUCGCAGCUCCAGCUUGUUGAGGAAAGCUCAGACGCCCCCCCUGCCGAGCCCUCCGACCCGGUCACUGCCGGGACACCCAGGGGAGAGAGCCUGGAGACACCAAGGCAGACUAAGCUGACUGCGGUGGCCAGGAAGUCCACCCCCAGGCACAGCAAGUGGAACGCUCCAGCCCGGCUCACUCCCUCCAGUUCCCUCCCAUCCUUGCUCAUGGCCCCCCGUACCCCUUCAAGCUCUGCCCCCCAGGGGGAGGUGGGUGCGGCACCCCAGACUCCUCUGGCAGCGCCUGUCAUGCCUUCCCCCAGUGCUGGGCUCACCACCCCAACCGCUGUGGCCCAGGCCACGCCCACUAAGGAGGAGGAGUCACUGCGCGCCCAGGUGAAGGAUCUGGAGGAGAAGCUGGAGACAUUGCGCAUGAAGCGUGCAGAGGACAAGGUGAAGCUCAAGGAGCUGGAGAAGAACAAGAUCCAGCUGGAGCAGCUGCAGGAGUGGAGGAGCAAGAUGCAGGAGCAGCAGGCAGAGCUGCAGAAGCAGCUGAAGGACGCCAAGAAGGAGGCAAAGGAGGCCCUGGAGGCAAGGGACCGCUACAUGGAGGAGAUGUCCGACACGGCGGAUGCCAUCGAGAUGGCCACCCUGGACAAGGAGAUGGCGGAGGAGCGGGCGGAGUCGCUGCAGCAGGAGCUGGAGUCCCUGAAGGAGAAGGUAGAGGAGCUCACCAUGGACCUGGAGAUCCUCAAGCACGAGAUCGAGGAGAAAGGUUCUGAAGGUGCCGCCUCCAGCUACCAUGUCAAGCAGAUGGAGGAGCAGAACGCCCGGCUCAAGGAGGCCCUCGUCAGGAUGAGGGACCUGUCCACCUCGGAGAAGCAGGAGCACGUGAAGCUGCAGAAGCAGAUGGAGAAGAAGAACACGGAGAUAGAAGGACUGCGGGCGCAGAAGGAGAAGUUACAGGAGGAGGUGAAGGCGGCGGAGCAGAUGGUGGACGAGCUGAAGGAGCAGGUGGACGCAGCCCUGGGGACAGAGGAGAUGGUGGAGACCCUGACAGAAAGGAACCUGGACCUUGAGGAGAAAGUGCGGGAGCUCCGAGAGACCGUCAGCGACCUGGAGGCCAUCAAUGAGAUGAACGACGAGCUGCAGGAGAAUGGCCGGGAGACGGAGCUGGAGCUUAGGGAGCAGGUGGACAUGAGCGCGGCACGGGUGCGAGAGGCUGGAAAGCGGGUGGAGGCCGCGCAGGAGACCGUGGCCGACUACCAGCAGACUAUCCAGAAGUACCGCGAGCUCACGGCCCACCUCCAGGAGGUGAACAGAGAACUGACCAAUCAGCAGGAGGCCACGAGUGAGCCACGCCCUGCCGCCGAGCUCUUUGACUUCAAGAUCAAGUUUGCCGAGACCAAGGCUCACGCCAAGGCCAUCGACAUGGAGCUGCGGAAGAUGGAAGUGGCCCAGACCACGCGACAGGUGGCCCUGCUUACCGCCUUCAUGCCAGACUCCUUCCUGCAGCACGGCGGGGACCACGACUGCGUCCUGGUCCUGCUGCUGAUCCCCCGGCUCAUCUGCAAGGCAGACCUGAUCAGCAAGCAGGCGCAGGAAAAGUUCGACCUGAGCGAGGGCGGAGUGGCGCAUGGCAGCCUGCGGGGGGCGUCAGGGGACCAGCUGAGCUUUGCCGCCGGACUGGUGUACUCUCUGACCCUACUGCAGGCCACUCUGCACAAAUACGAGCACGCCCUGAGCCAGUGUAGCGUGGAGGUGUACAAGCGGGUAGGGGCGCUCUACCCGGAGAUGAGCGUGCACGAGCGAACCCUGGAUCACCUGAUCGAGCUGCUGCACAAGGACCAGCUGGACGAGACGGUCGUGGUGGAGCCCCUGACCAAAGCCAUCAAGUACUACCAGCAACUGUACAGUGUCCACCUGGCAGAGGAGCCGGAGGACUGCACCAUGCAACUGUCAGACCACAUCAGGUUUACCCAGAGUGCCCUGGACUGCGUGGCAGUGGAGGUGGGUCGCCUGAGGGCGUAUCUGCAGCCUGGCCAGGAAUCCAGCAGCCUUGCCAUCCUGCUGAAGGACCUGGACACGUCCUGCGCAGACACGCGGCAGUUCUGCAAGAAGAUCCGGCGCAGGAUGCCCAACGCGGACGUGCCGGGCAUCCCAGCGGCCGUGGCCUUCGGCGAGCAGGUGUCCGACUCGCUGACAGUGUGCCGGAAGCACCUGACCCAGGUGGUGGCCGUCCUGCAGGAGGGGGCAGCGGCGGGGGCCCAGAUGCUCACCUCCGCCCUGGGCGACCAGGAGGGGGUGCCGGGCGGCAGGCUGGAGGACGCCACCUUCAGCGCAGUGGAGCAGGUGUAUGACACUGAGGCCACCAAGUCCCAAGAGUGCCUGCGGCAGUCCUGUGCCGUCAUCGUGGCCACCAUGAACAAGAUGGCCACCGGCAUGCAGGAAGGCGAGUACGACGCACCCAAGCCACAGAAGAAGAGCGCCCCCCCAGUGGAGCUGCGGGCCGCGGCUCUGCGGGCUGAGAUGGCCGACACGGAGGGCCUGGGCGUCAAGUUGGAGGAUCGGGAGAUGGUCAUCAAGGAGCUCAAGAGGUCCCUGAAGAUCAAGGGCGAGGAGCUGAGCGAGGCCAGCGUGCGUCUCAGCCUGCUGGAGAAGAAGCUGGACAGCUCAUCCAAAGACGCGGAUGAACGUGUGGAGAAGAUCCAGACCAAGCUGGAGGAGGCCCAGUCUGUGCUCAAGAAGAAAGAGAAGGAGUUUGAGGAGACCAUGGACGCCCUACAGGCUGACAUCGACCAGCUGGAAGCGGAGAAGGCCGAGCUGAAGCAGCGGAUCAGCAACCAGUCCCGUGCGACCAUCGAGGGCUUGCGAGGGACGCCAGCAUCCGGCAUCGCCUCCAUGGUCUCGGGCGGGGUAGUUGGCAGCACGGCCCCCAGCCUGUCCGGAGGCUCAGGACAGCUUCAGGUGGUGGAUUCACCGCUGCUCAUGCAGCAGAUCGCGGCUCAGAGGCUGAGCAUCAAGCACCUGAAGAACGAGAAUAACCGUCUGAAGGCUGAGAAGAUGAGCAGCCAGCUGGCCUCUCUGCCCCCCCUGCACGUGCCCAAGCUGCCUGCCCCUGUCGGAUCUCAGCCCGCGGCGCACUGUAGCGCCCUCUACCGCAAGACUGACCAGCUCCUGGAGACGCUGCUGAAGAUGAGCGCAGGUGUCAGGGUGGUGGAUGUUACGGGCAAGUCACCGGUGAGCCCCAGCGCACAGCUCCUAGAGCAGACGGCCCGCCUGCAGUCCCUCAGCGAGGCGCUGGACAGACUCAAGGACGAGGUGGCCGAACACGUGGUGAGCCGCCGGCCCGGGGCCCGCGCCCCCUCCAGCUUCGCCACUUUCCCCUCCUCGUCCUUUGUCAAGGCGUCUGAGGAGCGAAAGGGUGAGACGGUGCUGGUGGGGAAGGUGCUCAUUCCCUGUGCCCGCGGGCAGGAGCGCGUGCACCGACUGGUCCUGCCGCAACAGCAUCUGCACACGGUCCACCGUCUCCUCAUGAUCUAGCCACGCCCCUCUCCGGCUCAGUCCACUCCUCCACAGCGGGGGAGGGACUCUAAAUCGUAACUACUUUUCAAAACAAAGAACUCGUAACACAACUGGGAACUCUCAAUAAAUGGGCUAAUUUUAAGGUAUUUCUCAGGAAACUGUACUUUUCUGUCUAGGAACUGUACUUAAAUACCAAAAUGUUUGCUAGUAUUCUGUUUGCCCCUAGGUUUAAAUAACAUUGUGGAAGGUUACCAGUUUGGGUUUUGUUUAAAAAACAAAAACAAACGUGUUUGUAUGUUUGUAUGGGGUACUACAAUCUGUUUCUGCUUGAUAAAUAGAAUAAAACAGGUCAGCAAAUUACCCACAUUGGCAUCAAUCACUGGGGCUUGGCUGUGCAUUUUUGCAGCAAUGGAUUGUAGGCUUAAAAAAAACAAAAACCUUGGCAGAGCUGAAUAGGAGGCACCAAGGAUGAGGAUGUUAAAUGGCCACUUGCUGCCCCCAGAGACAUACGGUCCGCUCAUUUUUACAUGCUUAUAAAUUUCCUGGUAAAUCUCAACCUAAUUAUUAGGUUUGUGGGUUAUGUUGUCGCAGAGAGCUUAUGUUAACCAAUGCCAUGCUUUUUCAGGAACCUUCACUUUGCUGUUUAUUAUAUUUUAGAAUUGAAUUGCUGUUGCUUAAAUUAGCUGUUUGAAAAACCCUAAAUCAGACAUUCCAGUACACCGUAAAAAGGUGCUAUUUGAUUCAUUGUUGACUGUGGAAGACUUCUUUUAAAUCCUUUACUGAGCAGUUAGCUAGUGGGGGGGUCUGUUCCUGAACUCCACCAAUAAGCAGAGGCUAAGGCAUUGUUUCUGGCAAAGGUGACACCCAAUUGCUGUGCUAACCGAGCAACCUUUAGUACUGUAAGUAUCUGAUCAAUAAAGCUUUAUUACCGUGGAAA